UUUUAAGAGUGCCGCGUUGCAGCCGCGUGGUGUUAGAUACUCUGAUGUAAUUAAAUCAUACAUUCUUUGAUAUUGCAGCUGUUAGGAAUGAAAUUUUAAUCAUCACAGUUUAUUUAAUAAUUUUUUACAAAUACUCUCGGAUAUGAUUGAAUCAAGCUUUAUGAGUUGCAGUGUCAGGGAUUCUGAACUUUUUCAAACUGGAAAUGUAUUUGAUGCUUCCUCACAUUUAGACCUAAAUUGCGAUUUUGACAGGACCAGGGAUGAAUUGAUGUCUGGGUACACAACUCGAAAUGAUGCUAGCUCAUGUUCAUCCGAUUAUGAUGGAUUUGUAAUGCUGGAUGAUUUUGAUAAUUUCUUUCAUCUGUCUGACUCGUUUGUCUCUGAAAUUUUAGAUAAUAGUGUUACAGGUUUCUAUGCAUUGAUGAAAAGGGAUGAAAGGGAAAAACAUCUAUGCAUUGAUGAAAAGGGAUUCACAUUGACAAACGGACACGUCUCCCAUUCGUCCGAUAAGCUGCACCCUAAGCGUUUGAGAAAGGCAUUGGCACAGACAAUUGGUACGCAUCUCUUCUUUGCAGACUGGAAAACCAAACGUUAUUACAAAAAAAUCUUUGGCCGUUUAAAACUAAAACAUCAAACUUUUAUUUUAAACAGCCGAAAUGAAAUUGAAAAGUGCAUAUAUUGCAAGAAGAAAUGUCAUCGUUGGCUGGCCGUAGUACGAGGCAUCGAGAAUUUUUUUAGAAUAAAAAUGGAUCCCAUUCCUCACUGAACCAGCCUUCUACAAUAAACUAGCUUUGGACUUUGUGCAGAUAAAAAAUGAGUGCAGAUAUUAUUCAAAAGGGAUCACUGAGCAUGUGCCUACUCACAGUAUAUAUAAAAGCUCGUGCGACUGUCUCACUUCAUUUCUUGCAAAAUGUCCCUGUCUUUGUAUACACAAUUGCUGCGAGCAGUGUUGGAGCGGUUGCCGGAGCCAGCAGAGGUUCAUGUGGGUGAGGCCCACAUGGAAGAGAUGGUGAAUCUUGUAAAAGAGAUGGUACCAACUAUUGAUCUGAAGUUGGUACCUAUCAUCAGCGAGGAGUUGAGAUCUUUUGCACGGAAAAAGGAUGGACUGCUAUGGUUUUUGUGGAAGACGGUAGGGAUCCCCCGUCUGAUGGAAUUUGCCAUGACACUCUAUUGCAAUUACGAUAAACAUAUGAGGGAAAUGGACAAAUGGACCAGAUUAGGGGAACUCACCAUGCAGUCCAUCUACUCUUCCCCAGGGCCAGAAAGUUGUGUGGGAGAUUGCCCGAUAUGUACAAAGCCCUUACACAGAAAAAUCGCGACCUUAUGCGGACACGACUUUCAACUAGACUCUAGGGACAGCACCAAAACUUUUCUCUUAGUGAAAAACAGGGAUUUUCUGAUGUUUAGGGAAAACGGAGUUUUUCAGCCCACGUGAUUUCUCGUCAGAUUCUUGAACUGUAUAAUUCUAUAUGUUCAAAAAUGUUUCAAAAUUUGUCUUCGGAAUUCUGAAAUGUAGAUGCCUUUGAUUUUAGAAUAGUGUUAUUGAACUAAAUAUAACAACGCUUUUUUUAUAUAGAAGUUAUGACAUUAUAUGAAAAGUAAGAUGCUGCAAAAAAAUUAUUGUUCAAAUAAAGAAUACAUUAUAGAUUUAUCAUCCAUGUCACCCAAAUCAUUGAUUUAUUUUUUAUUCCUUUACUUUUUAAAUACUUUAAUUAAUUUGAAAGUAGCUCAGUUUACUUAUAAAUGUAUCUCGGAAUACCAAACACACUGUCAUAUUAUUUGUUUAGGUGGAGUUAUUGUGACAACAGACAAGUAUUUUUUUGUUGUAUAUUAUCAAUUAGUAACUUGAAAGCUUUUGUAUUUAUUUGAGAAAAUUAUGAUUUGAUCAAUUUACUGUUAUAUAUAUAUUUCAGCGCCAAUGUGCAUUUUUAAGGAAUAUUUUCAAACACAUAUAGUUGGGUAUGUAUUAAAUACAUAGAUCUGAAAAUGUAAUUAUGAAGAAAUAUCGAUAUAUACGAGUCUAAUAUUUAGAUCCCAUAAAUGAAAAAUAAAUUUAUAUAUUAAAGUGCAUACAUUUCAGUUUCAUAAUUCAAGUGAAUUUUAUUAAACUAUAUUGAAAGGACAUUUAAAUUUUUAAAAGUUAUUUAUAUUAUUUUGCAGUAAAUUAAUAUUACAGUUUUGAGUAGAUGCAUACUUAGCCUUGAUAUCUGUGUCAUUGAAAUAUUUGAUGUUUCAUUUGACUACCAAAUUAUUAAAUUAGUGUUAAAUCAGUUAUUAUUAAACUGAUGAUUAUGAAGGAGUUAAUUGCUUAUUCUGCUAUGAGAAUGUAUUUUAGUACAUAAUUGCUGGUCCUUUUUGCCUUUCCUUUUUAAUUUUAAGUUUUGAAUUUUGUUUUUUAAUAAAUUAAAUUGAGAGCCUUACUCAUGUCUCAAUGAGAACUAAAGUUAAUAAUUACAUUGUAACCUAAAUUUGCACGAUUUAACUCUUGAAAAUGUUAUACAUUGUGAUCUAAAUUUGCACGAUUUAACCAUUGGAAAUGUUAUAUAUGUAAUAGCUUAUUGAAAAUGUUAAAUGUACCUAUAUUUAAAAAAAAAUGUGAAAAACUAACGAUUUGAAAUAACAUUUAUUAUUCAUGAUCAAUAAAUUAUCCUUUUUUCUUCAAUAA